AUGUCGUGGUUUGAACACAUGAAAUCAGAGGAAGUAAACAUCACGGAGGAGGCAGAUCACUGCAUCUGUCAUCGCGUCUUCUCAUUGAAGGACAUCCUCACCGGACGUGAUGUCCGGGGGAAGCCCUGUACUAGGAGUACAGAGGAGCUCUACGCACCAAAGCGCAACAUCUGCACCGGGCAUGCUACGAGAGUCCCCGAUCUGUCCCACCAAGACGUGGAUGAGAACCGCAUCCACCGGGAGAGACUUCCUGCUGAUCUAAGGCGGUCUGUUGGAAAUGUCCGAUCUGAUACCUACAACGAGGAGGCCACAGGAGAGGAGACUGAGCUCAGAGAAGACCAGCAGCCACACGGCGUGGAGCGGGAUAAACGGCAGAAAGAGGAGGAGGAGGCAGAGGAGGAGGGAUGUCACCACGGCGGGGAGACGGUCAGCUGGUCGUCCGAUAAGCAGCAGUGCAGGCCGGGUACGAAGAAGCGCUCCAGGGCGGCCUUCUCUCACACACAGGUCUACGAGCUUGAGCGCCGUUUCAACACGCAGCGGUAUCUGUCAGGCCCUGAACGGGCCGAUCUGGCAGAAACUCUAAAACUCACAGAGACCCAGGUGAAAAUCUGGUUCCAGAACCGGAGAUAUAAAACCAAACGGCGCCAGAUGGCGGCCGAGCUAGCGGCGUGCAGCUCACCAAAGAAAGUAGCGGUACAAGUGCUGGUGAGGGACAAUCAAAAGCAGUACCAUCAAGCGAAUGGAGUACACAUCCCGAUGACUGUGCCCCUGUACCACCAGGCCUACCAGUACCACCCCUACCUGCACUACUACUGCCAGCCCUGGAGCAUGGACAGCACGUCCUGUGGAGGGAUGCUCGGAGGCCCUCUCUCAAUACAUGAAUGAAUACAUGACUGGGACAAGUGUCUCUCUCAACUCAAGGUGUUGGCAGCUUUUUGUACAGUCAAUGGAUCACCCUCUCCUGUCAAACGGACUGAGAUUGUACAGGUUCUUUUGCUUGCCGUUUGUUUUCUAUUAGGCUUCCUUCUUGUCUUAUAACUAGAAGCCAUUUUAGCUAUAGGCUCUCACAAUGACUAAACAUGGAGAUAUUCUUUAAGUUGUUAAAAUCAAGUGUUAGCCUGCAGUGAAGAUUAGUGAGGGCAUGCAUCACAAAGCUAUAGACUGUCAAUUAGGCUAAUUAGAAUAUUACUGCGUGAAGACUUUCUUUUUUUAAAUUUAAGAUGAAGUGUGUGUAUGGUUAUUAUUUUGUAAUGAUUUACAAAAAUAAUAAUAAUGUAAAGGCCACAUACGACUUGUUUAAACUUUCUUCCUGAUCUAGUGGGUAGUUUUGUCAGAAUCCUGUUUUCUAUCUCCUCUUCUAUUUCCUUUCACAUCUUUUUUAAGACUAAAUUGCUAAGGGGCUGUACACAAAUUCUGAAGGGGGUCAGAAAAGCGGUGAGUUAUGUUUUAUUUUUCUUACUGAGGGGAGGGUGGGCUGACAUUUUUUUUUGACAUUUCAGCAUUCCCAUGCAGGGUUGAUUAAAAAAAGGUGGUCAAUUAUUGUUAUAGUUUGAUUACACCUUCUUAAAUGAUUUAUGCUUUGCAUUUUAUUUUACUGGUGGAAUGAGUUUUACUAUCACAGUACCACCAGAUUUUGAGAUAUAGAAGGAGGAUAUUGUAGUUUUUUUCUAAAUCAAGGGCAAGUUAACAAUGAAAUAUUAACAAUGCUGGAAAAUGUGUUUUAAUAAAAAAACAACUUAAAUUUAAGAUUGAA